AUGGCUGAACCAAAAUGGACACUUCGGUUCAAGAACCACAAUAUCACCGUGCUACUGCUUGUUUCUCCCGCCGAGCCGUUCGACUCUAUCAAAGCCACUCUUUUAAAAGCACUUCAGAUCCGUGGGAUAAAAGAAAUAAACGGGAAACCUGUGCCAGAUGACGCAGCAGGAAUUGAGCUCGGUGCCCCUCUUGAGCGGAAUAACCUAGAGAAGGGCUGGCAGCCGCUGGCGAUAUCUGAUGGCAAGACAGACGACGGGGCGGGGAAAGGGAAGAGCAGUGUUUUCAACUCUAGCCCACAGGGAGCAGAUCUCAGAGAUGCGCAGGCUGUGGCGUUCAGGUUUCGGACGCCAAUGGAGGACGGUGAUCUCGAGAUGGACCUGGAUGACCCGGGCUGGGAUGUCCUGAUUCCUUCGUAUGAUGAUGCAGACGAAGAUGAGUGA